AUGAGAUUUCCGGUAAUGGACGUCAAAACUGCAUUUUGAGAAAAAUGUGUUUAUAAAAAUUACAUUAUUUCUAUAAUAAUUGCAAAAAUCUACAAACAAACAUGUCAGUUAUAAUCGAAACAUCAGUGGGGUCAAUAACUGUCGAUCUUUUUACUGAUGAAAGGCCUAACUGUAGUAAAAAUUUCCUGAAACUUUGCAAAAUUAAAUAUUAUAACUUCUCGCUCUUCCAUUCCGUCCAGAGUAAUUUGGUUGCUCAAACUGGAGACCCAACUGGCACCGGCAAAGGAGGAGAGUCUGUCUUUGCUGUUUUAUAUGGAGAACAAGCUAGAUACUUUGAUAUGGAAGCUGCCCCAAGAAUCAAACAUAAGCAAUCAGGAUUAGUUUCAAUGGUUAACAACGGUGACGGCAAGCAUGGCUCACAGUUUUUUAUAACUCUUGGAGAAAAUCUUGAUUACUUAGAUAAUGUCCACUCUGUCUUCGGUGAGGUUGUGGAAGGAUUAGAUGUUUUGAAAAAAAUAAAUGAAGUGUAUUGUGAUGAAGAUCAUCGACCAUACCGAGACAUCAGAAUCUAUCAUACUAUUAUUUUGGAUGACCCAUUUGAUGAUCCACCAGGCCUUCAGAUACCUGACAGAUCCCCAGAACCAACGAAAGAAAUGUUGAGUAGCGAUAGGAUAGGAGCAGAUGAAGAAAUUGAUGAUACCAAGGGUAGAACAGAAGAAGAAAUAAAAGAAAUGUUAGAAGAGAAAGAAGAAAAGGCCAAUGCUCAAAUAUUAGAAAUGGUUGGUGACCUUCCUGCUGCUGAUGUAGCACCAGAUGAUAAUGUUCUAUUUGUUUGUAAAUUAAACCCAGUCACAACAGGUGAAGAUUUGGAAAUGAUAUUUUCUCGAUUUGGUAAAAUAAAUAGCUGUGAUGUGAUCAAGGACCAAAAGACUGGAGAAUCACUUCAGUAUGCUUUUAUUGAGUUUGAAAGCACAGCAUCUUGUGAAAAUGCUUAUUUCAAAAUGGACAACGUGUUAAUUGAUGAUCGAAGAAUUCAUGUGGAUUUCAGUCAGUCUGUUUCAAAAUUACGAAAAUCAGGCAAACUGGAUAAAUUUGAUGAUAAAAAGGGUGACAUUCCAUCAAAAUACGUUCUCAAAGAUCAGUCUCGGAAAUCUCACGGUUACGAUUUAGUAUUUGAGAAUGAUGAUGAUGAUAAAAGCAGUUCAAAGCAGCACAAAAAAGGGAAAAAGAAUAAAAAGAAAGAUACUCAUUCUGAUUCUGAUUCAGAUCGUGAGAAAAAACGCCACAAGAAGAAAAAUAAGCAUAAAGAGAAAGCUAAACAACGAAAGCGAUCUCGUUCACGAUCUCGAUCUCGGUCUCAUUCGGCUGAUGGAGAUCGCUAUAGGAAAAAUAAGAGAGAUCGAUCUGGAUCUCCUCAAAGAAAUUAUUCCUCUAAAUAUGGUGAAAAUGAUCGUAGAGACAAUUAUAGAAAUGACAAGAGAGAUAGAGAACGACGGAGAAGUCGAGAUAGAGACUACAGAAGAUAAAUACUAUAUGAUAUGUUGUAUCUAUUAAACAUACAUUAUUCAAGAGCUAAAUCUGCCUAUUACAGGUCUUUCUUUGGGCCUGAAAUGUUAUAUAAACUAUUAAUUAGACAUUUAUUAACAAAACAAGAUCGUAAUCAACUUUCGAAGGCAUCGGAUACUCGAGAGUUUAACUAAAUGAGAACAGUUCGCCAUUUAAAAACUUAAUUUAAAAAUGGAAAAGUGAGGCUGCUAAGUCUUGAAUAUACCAGUGCCGUGGUUACAACUAUGCAGACGUGAAGUAAUUUGGAUGAAAUUUUCAAUAUUUUCAUUUUACAUUAUCUAUUUUUGAGCUAUUAUAGCAAGAAUGGUCAGCUCUUUAUCUAAAUCUUACAUAAUGUAUCUUUAAUUUACAGACAUAUUGUAAUUAUAUUUGUCCAUAUCAUAAACACGACUUUCAUCAUCCAUUUCAUUUUGUAAAAUAAAAAUAUUUAAGGUUUUUGGUUAUCAGUCUUGAUAAAACUGUUGGUUCAAUAUCAUUGUGGAAUAAUAAGAUACCCUAUUCUGAAAUUUCAACAGCAAAAAAAGAAAAUUGAUAUAUUAUUAUUUAAUAGUAAUUGCAGAGGGGACUGCACCACACAUAAUUUACAUAAAAAAAACCAAAUAUACGGACAAGACACAAUACGCAGAAAUCACAAACAAACGAACAAUUCAAAUUAAGUGAAUGGAUAAAAAAAACCAAAUAUACGGACAAGACACAAUACGCAGAAAUCACAAACAAACGAACAAUUCAAAUUAAGUGAAUGGAUCCGGGGGCUAAUCGUAAACAUCCACUGCGCUGUAAGUCCCAGCCCUGUAGUGAUUCAAAAUUAAAAAAUAUUAAUAUAAUGAUUCAAAAAUGUGUAGAAUGGAGUGGACUAAGCAGACUUAGAAAUCAUAAUAAUUUUUUUUUUAAAUUUAAUAUAAAUCACUUUAUAUACAUUCAUAUUACAGUAAUGUGCUUCUAGAACCAUUUUCUUCAUCUUAAUGUUUCAAAGAAUCAAGUCCUACACCCUUAAACUGAUGUUUGUUUACCCAAAAAUAAUCAAUAUUU